GCCCGUGGUGCAUUUUUUAAUUUUAGGAGAGGUGUUGUUAUCAAGAUGGUCACAUUUAGCUAACGAAUUUUAAUUAGACAGGAGCAAAAGCCAUCAUUAUAAUUUUAAUUAACCAAAAUUCAAGUGUAGUGAACGCUAAGAAUCUAACAUCCUCGAAAUUGCUAUAUAAGACACAAAAAAGUAACACUAAUUCUUGUGUUAUGUAAUAUUGAUGGAAGAAGGUACGUAUAAUUAAGGAGAGUAAUGGAGAGAGGCAACGAUUGGGGAAGUGGUCGGGCGGAGAUAGAGACAAAAGCAGCGUUUGGGUCGGUGAAAGAAGCGGUGGCCAUGUUCGGAGAGAAAGUUUUAGCCGGAGAGAUCUAUGCAACUAGGCUUAAAGAGAUACGGACAAAGGAAACAAAUUUAACUCCGCGUCAUCAAUCAAGACUACGAUCUCUAACACUAGAGCUCAAGCAGACAAAACAAACUCUUACAAGAACACUACAACUUAACACGAUCAUGUCCAACAGACUCAAAACUCUAACACAAGAACUCGAACAUGGGAGGAAGGAGAUACAACGGCUCAACAGGACGAGGUCGAGUCGCCUAGAUAAUCCGGAGAUUGAGGAACUCAAGUUCGUUGAACAGCAUCAAACGACGAUGUCUAAAGAUGUUGAAGAAGAGAUUGUGACGACGGAGGAGUUGGAGAAGAGGAGACUCGUGACAUUCGCGAGCUCGCCUUUGCUGACACGUGUGAUGUCAAGCGUCGGGGACGAAGAGGAGAGGAAGAAGAAAGAGAAUGAUUGUUUGGUCAAGAAGACAAAAUCAAAGAAGGGUUUUGCUCCGUUCAUGGGAUGGUUUAGAGCAACCCGAGGAAGAGAUUGAUCUAUAUAUAUAUAUGUCCAAUAAUGCUAGGUCAUAUUGAUUGUAUGAUUUUAUAUCGUUAUAUAAUAUAGUUAAUGUGAUGCGAAUGCGAAAUGUAUCAAUCCCGUUCUAAGAGUUUGAUGAACAAUACUU